GAGAGGAGGAGGAAGGAUAAAGUUAGAAAAGGAGGUAAAAAUAAAAAUGGGGAGGAGGAGGAGACAUUGAGAGAGGAAGGAGGAAAAAAAGGAAGAUGAAAGACACUGAAGGAGAGAGGAAGUAGAUAAAGAGAAAAGAAGAGAGGGAGAGAGAAUCACCCUCCGCCCACCUGGUUAUCGUGUGUGUCUGGCGUACAGCCAAGCCACCACACCAAGACUCCCCAAGGAUGGCGUGCAAGGUCCCCGAGGUGUCUAGCCUGGUCGAGGAGGCCCAGGAGGUCUUCCAGGAGACCUAUGGGGAGGCAGCGGAGGUGGCAGCAGUGGCCCCCGGCAGAGUGAACAUCAUUGGGGAACACACGGAUUACAACGACGGGUUUGUGUUUCCGAUGGCCCUCCCGCUGGUGACGGUGGUGGUGGGGCGCCAGGUGGAGGGAGGCCGCUGCAGGGUCACCACCACCUCCCCUGCAGCCGACAAGCCCCUGCAGGUGGAGUUCGCGGCCCCCUCCUCCUCUGCCCCCCUCAAGCCUGGCUCUCCCUCCUGGGCCAACUAUAUCAAAGGAGUAGUCGCAAAUUUUCCAGGAGGCACUAGUGGCUUCGACGCAGUAGUGGCCACCUCAGUGCCACUCGGGGGAGGCCUGUCUAGCAGCGCCUCCUUGGAGGUGGCCACGUACACCUUCCUGGAGGCACUCGCUGGCACCCCCGCUGCCAGCUUGAAGGAGAAGGCUCUCGCAUGCCAGAAAGCUGAGCACGACUUUGCCAACAUGCCGUGUGGGAUCAUGGACCAGUUCAUCUCAACCAUGGGCAAGAAAGGGAACGCUCUCCUCAUUGACUGCAGGUCACUCGAGUCCACACUGGUGCCGCUGGACAACCCAGACAUCACCCUCGUCAUCACCAACAGCAACGUGCGGCACACCCUCUCCGGCACCGAGUACCCCACGCGGCGCAAGCAGUGUGCUGAGGCCGCCGCCACCCUGGGCAAGAAGAGCCUCAGGGACGCCACUCUGAAGGACUUGGAAGCGCACAAGGAUUCCCUGAGCGAGGAGGUGUACCGGCGGGCAAGACACGCGAUAUCCGAGAUCACCCGGACGGAGGAGGCGGUGGAGGUGCUGAGGCAGGGCGACUACACCACCUUCGGGAAGAUGAUGACGGCCUCCCACCACUCCCUCAGGGAUGACUACGAGGUGUCCUGCCCCGAGUUGGACGAGCUGGUGGAGGCGGCGCUGGAUGUGGAGGGCGUGUUUGGCUCCCGGAUGACUGGCGGAGGCUUUGGCGGAUGCACUGUGAGCCUGAUGAAGGUGGGGAGUGUGGACGCCUUCAUCAUGCACACAACGCAGUUCUAUUCCGGCUCACCCACCUUCUAUGUGUGUGCUCCGGCUGAGGGCGCCCACCACUACAAGCUAUAAAAGACUACUCGCAUGGGGCUGAAGGCGAAUAUUUCUGUGUUAUCUAGCGGCUAUUUGUGUGGGGCUUGAACUUCAUUUUUUGAGGGAGGUCAGUGAGCUAUUUUGGGGGCAUGUGAGCACUUUUGGAGGUUUGAGUGAUUGGCAGUUUUAGGGAAGUAUUUUUGUUUUUAUAAGUUACUGAGGAGGCUCUCAAAAAAAAUUAUCCUGUGUCUAGGGUAUAUUUCUCUAGUUUUGAGGGGAAAAUCUCUUGGGUUUCUUUCUUUUUUUUUUUUUUUUUUUCUUGGCACUCAUGGAAAAUUUUUGUUGAGUUUUUGUAAUUUCUGUGGAGGUUCAAAAAGAUUUCCAUUGAGUUUAGUUUGAAUUUUUCAAGGUAAUUUAUUAAGGGAGACAUUUUGUGGGUUUCUGAUAAGUCUUGUGGGGGCUCUCAGGGGAAAUUUCAGUGGAGCUUCUUGAGAACUUUGGUGUUUGGCUCCCAGGAUAUUAGGCAAGGGGAAAUAAUGUAAGCUGUCUGCCUCAUGUACAGAGUGUGGGUUUGUUUGUUUGUGUCUGGGUUAUGAGGGACCAAGCGCACAGUGUAUGUUUUGUCAGUAUAGUUUGUGUUCUCCAAGGCACACUUCCCCUUCCUAUAUGUACUUACAGUUAUGAGGGAAAACAACUAACCAAAAGAGUUGAAGUAUGGAAAUUUAAUGGUCAAAACUAAAAAUUAUAAUCAAACUUCAUAAUGACACUUCCUCUUCUUAUAUGUACUUACAGUUAUGAGGGAAAACAACUAACCAAAAGAGCUGAAGUAUGGAAAUUUAAUGGUCAAAACUAAAAAUUAUAAUCAAACUUCAUAAUGACACUUCCCCUUCCUAUAUGUACUUACAGUUAUGAGGGAAAACUACUAACCAAAAGAGCUGAAGUAUGAAAAUUUAAUGGUCAAAACUAAAAAUUAUUAUCGAACUUUAUUAUGACAAUGUUUAAUUUUACCCCAGAGCUCAUUUUGUCAGUUUUUCUCCCUCAUAUGAACUUUAACCCAGUAGCUGCGGGGAUCAUGUUUCUUAAAGGCCCCUCUAAGUGAGAAAAAUGAGAAAAAUCAUCACUCACGCAAACCAUUUCAUAAUAUAUAUUAACGCAUUUGUGAUCAGUUUAUGCAUCAUCUAUUUUGAGGGGUCUUUAUCAUGGCAAAAAUUUGGCCUGUCGCUGUUACAUGGUAAAGCCACAAAUUUGGCCUGUCGCUGCUACCGGGUUAAUUAUCAAACAUUCCUUAGAGUUUAAUUUACAAAACAAUGUACAACCAUAAAAAACUUGGCAUACAAAGUUUUAUCUUAUAUACACAGAUGCACAUGUCAACAUUUAUAGGUACUUACAAAUUUCUAUGAUCUAUUUUGUAUAACUACCCUAUAGGCAACUCUUCAACACCUAUAUGUAUCCACUUCUUAACAUUCCAAAUAUAUUCAGUCACUAAUGCAGCUGUUAA